AUGCCCGUCAGUCAGUGUAUGCGCAUUGCUGCAUAUCACGCGUCUACUAAUGAGGCCGAUGCGGACGAGUUGUACGCGUCUACGAUUUCGACUGAUCGUUGCAGCAGUGACGAUGAGAGAGCGCCGGACCUUGAGGUGGAGGCCAGCCCCCCUCAGCACGACGGCUCGACUGAUGUGGAGGGGGUGAGAAGGGAUGUGGACGCAUCGUACUUCAGUGACUUCGCAGGAGGGGAAGCGAGGUGCGAUGAACAGGCAGCGUUGCCGCCUCCAGCGCCACUUGGCAGUGAGGUCGAGAAAGAGGGCGAUGCAUGCAGUCGAAAACUGCUACCGCACCUCUGUAGCGAUGACAACAGCGUGCAGGUGGUGACGGACGUUGUUGCGGAGGGGGAUGCAGACGGCUUCUGCGACGUCGAUGAUGAGUCCAUCAUGGCGAACCAUAGAAAGGAUUCCUUCCCGGCGCCUGCGCUAGCACUGGACGCUGCUGGCCGUUCGGCCGAAACGAUAGGGCCCUCCCCGCCUAUGAAGAGCGAGGGAGGGCGCAGGAACAGCUGGCUUGACCCGCUGCGUGCCCUGUCCACACCGUACUCCAAGGAUGUAGCUGCGGCUCACCCCAAGAAGCCACAGCUGUCGGAAGACGUGCCCGUUCGGCGCCAAGUGCUACCACACACCCCUGCUCGCAGGCCCGAGAGUCGCUUCGAGCGGCGGACCGACACACUGCCCUACCACGGAGGAUCUUCUUCGGUCAUGGUGCGCGGGGGUACAGCGGCGCCGUCGCCGCCACCAGUGUCAGAGCUGAACGGUGCCGCUUCUUGCACGGCUGAUCAAGGCGCACGUGGGUACCGACAAACAAACUAUGCCUCGUCUUCUCGCGCGUCUACUCUGGCCACUAUCGAUGCAGUGCACGUGCUGUCACUUACAGAUGUGCUGACGAACGGCAACCACAAAGGCUGCGAUGGAGGCAAGGGGGCCUCUGCGGCUACACCGACAACACCCCCACGCGUGACUCCGCGUGACUGUGACGCUCGCGUCUCGUUCUCGCCCGAUGACACCAGUGUUGCCGCCAACUCGCCGCCCCCACGCCCUAUUACCGUGACGGCGACGCCGACCGCAGCGCAGCACACACGUGGAAACGACCCUCGCACGCGCACGAUGCUCCCAGCCCUAGAGACCACGGCGCUGAUGGGUCCGCGGACGCGUGUGGUGCGAGACCGUCCGCCGCGCGGGGUGCCACUGAUUCUUCAGUGCACAGGGCACUUCCCGACCCGAACGCGGACCAUUCUUGUCGACGACACAAUGAUGGAUGACGACGAGGGCGAUGGGGAGGAUACCGUGACAGCUGGUCUCCACACAAGCGUUUACAAGGAGACGGGUGACAGAUCCGACCUCUCUUACUCUUCGUCCGUCUCAGCGGAGGGGGUGUUAUUGCUGAGAAGUGGAGGGCGAGGCGGCCGUGGUGGUCGUGACGCCUCGAACGGUUCACCCACGCCAAGCCCGGGCGUGCUCCACGGCCGCACCUACCGAGUCGCUCGCUCUGGUAGCCCACUGGUCUCACUGACAGACGCACAGUUCAUUGGGGGCGACCCAGCCACAGUGGCCUACCAGCAGCCGGAGCCGCACCACCACGACAUCGAUGCCUCGCCUUCUCUGUCACCUCCCAAGACGUGGGAGGAGGAGGAGGAGGUGGUGGACACGAUGCCGGACUUGAUCGACUUCAGCGUGCAAACCGAGGAGCUGGAGCCCAGCCGGCAGGAUGAGUCCCUCAUCUUGUGCGGGUACUCUGUAGAGCCGAUUUGUGCCAGCCGCGGCGCAAGUGCACCGCCUGAGGUCCGUCCUCGUCACCGAGUGCCGCCGUGUCAGCCCUUCUUCAAAACCAGCGCGACUGAUGCCACUGCGUCAGCUGCAGCCUUCUCAAAGAAGGGCAGAGAAGGGUGUGCGGCCUCGCAGGAUGUGGAGCAACUGCAGGCGACGGGGGAAGGCGGGGAAGAGGGUUGGGCCUGGCCGCGGGGAGAGGCUUCAUGGUUGCCACAGCCCAGCCACCUCGAGUGUGACGCCGUUCAGACGGUGUCGCGGGAAUGGUUGCCUCGGACGUACACUCACCGGCCAUCACGCGAGGCAAAUCGUGCUGCUGGCUUUGAUGACGACCUCCCACAAGCCUCAUCUCCGGAUCUGCACGACGUGCGGCACCUGAUCGAAUCGGUUGAGGAGGCGCCGGCACCUGGCCGCGGCUUCCACCCUCCACUGCGGAUCACCGAUAUGCCUUGCGAAGGAGCCGAGGUGCGGGGGGGCCGGAACUCCACGCCGUCCUUCCGUAAAUCACGCCAUGUCAACAAUUCCGUUGAGUGUAUUCAAGCCACUCCGUUGUCGUCGAGCUCCGCCACUCGGUUUGAUGAGCGCAGCUCACUCACGCUGCAGCGAGGGCGUAGGAAAGCUUUGCACACGCUGCUCGCACGACAGAUGUGCUCUCCAAACAGCAGCAGGUGCACUACCACGUCACACGAGUACGCCGAUGCGCGAGCGAGCGUGCGCUCCGCGCGGCUCAUCGCGCCGGCGGCGGACUACGUGGCGACGCAGGAGCAGCUGCGGGGGCAGCGACUUGCAGCGGAGGAAGAACGAGCACGACUGAGUCUGGUGCUGGACGUGUGCGAGGCAGUGCGGCCGCAUGCGCGGGACCUGCUUCUCAUGUUCCUCCUCCUUGUGGAGGAGUCGAAUAUGCGACGUCGCCAUGGGGGACGAGGGCAGGCGCAACGUCGCAGCAACCCGACAUCGGACCGCGGCACUGCCUACAGCUCGCACCUUGACUCGUCGGUGUGGGAGGAGAGCCGAGUCACGUACGGCACGUGCGCCGAGGCGGUGAACUGCGUGCUGGAGAGACAUGGUGUUACUAGGGUCCGUGCCACCCGAGAGUUGUGUCGCCGUGUGGUUGCCUGGUGCCAACACCACCACAGGGGCCACAGCCUGCUCACUCAGGGUGCGUCGCUGCUGGACUCGCUGCGUGGUACGGCGGAUGAGGCCUCUGUGGAGUACGCCACGUUUGUUUCCUCCGUGAUGGAGUUUGCUGAGCAGUACCCGGGCUAG